AUGUCCGACAUGGAGCAAGAAUGGAAGCCCAAGGCUCGGCCUCAGUCCACUAUGGCACAGGCCUUUUCGACGGCGCUCGACAGCGCCUUUUCGUUGGACAGCGACGUCAACAACCUGUCCCUCAGUAUCGAUCAGAAGAAGCAACACAUGAUGAUUCAAAGCCGUGAGCUCGAAGCUCUCCAACGGCGCAUCCGCGAAACCGAAGAGCGUCUGAAACGCCAGUCGGUCUACGGAGCCUCCAGCCAGGGCAACCGAGGAGAGGCUCAGACAGUCGCUCCCUCCGGCGAGACUACCGUCCCUGAGCAGCCUCAGGAGGAGCAAAAGGCAAACGAGUCGUGA